UAUGUGUAAAACAAUAUGGCGUUCUUGUGUCCAGUCAGAAUCAGAAGGGGGAAGAAAAAGAAAUCCAGCAGUGGAGAUUCAGACAAAGAUUUAUCAAGACCUGGCUCUGGCCUUAGCCCGGGCAUGGGCCGAAUUACAGGCUCUGCUAGCAUUGAGACACUAGUCCGAGUUGGGAUUGAGAAGGAGCACGGUCUUAGUCCAGACUCUAAAAUGGUGGUACUUCAUGAUUUUGCUCCUUGUGUUGAUGACGAACUUGAAGUAAAACGUGGUCAAAUAGUUAAUGUCUUAUAUAGAGAGAAUGAUUGGGUGUAUGUGAUAGUAGCAGAGUCAAGGAGAGAAGGAUUUAUUCCGCAUUCAUACUGUGCACCAUGUGAACCACACGAUUUAAAGAAAAAACUGCCCAGAAGCCGGUCACCGACUGACCUGGCUCAUAGAGAUGUUUCACAAUUAUCCGUAUCAGACGGAGCUACAAAUGAUGGGCACUCGGAGUUGGGCAGUGAAGGCGAAGCAUGUCCAUUCAGCAAAGACCCCUCAGGACGAUACGUCGUUCUGUACACGUUCCAGGCGAGGGAUGAAAACGACGUUGAUGUAGAAAGAGGAGAGUUUGUUACAGUGUUAAACCGAGAAGACCCAGACUGGUACUGGAUAGUAAGAAGUGAUGGGCAAGAGGGCUUCAUACCUUCAGGCUUUGUCUACCCUGCUGUCGUACAAGCAUCACAACAAGAAAGCACGCAAACACUGCAUUCACCUACCGCAACGAACGCAAACAACUCAAUGUUAAACACCACACUGAAUACCACUGCGCAAGACAGCGACGGCCGCUACCACGGGACUGAGCUAGUCAUGCUUUAUGAUUAUAAGGCGCAAGCACCCGACGAUUUAUCAGUAAAACGCGGGGAAUGGGUGUAUGCAGACUUGACUCAACAAACCGUCGAAGGCUGGCUAUGGGCCCACGCGCCCAAGUCGCGUCGCUCCGGAUUCAUACCCACAGCUUAUGCGCGUGCGCCGCAUACUACGUCUCUUUAAGUUAUUGGAAUUUUGGUCUGACAUGUAAUAUUACCGUUACUACUAUUGGCUUUGUAAUGUACGUCGCCUUUCUUUCUCUAACUCGUGUCUUACAGCACGAAGUUAAGGAAAUGCAAAAAAAUGGAUUGUAUAUGUACAAUAUAUUGUUUAAUUAUUUUUAAAGUAAUGCAUCCAAAUUAACACCUUUGAUUAGAAAUGUAAAAUAAAUAGAAAGUUUUCUUAUCUCCUGAAUAAUCACUCUUUAUAAGAUACGAGUUUGAGAAAGUAAGGCAUCGAUUAUCAACAUGAUAGAAAAUUAAAAACGUUUAUGUUACAACCUGCAUCUUUACUGUUUUUAGGAUGACAGAUGUCGCUAGCGAUCGUGUUUGCUUACAAAAUUUUACUUCUUGUAGCCACUAGGCGCUGCACAAUUUGCCAUGCAAAAUUGUAAAUUGCGGUUUUGGAAUUUAAAUUUGUAAUUGUAAAUUGUACAAAAAUGUAUUAUCACGUGGCGUUUACUACACCUUUAAAAAGCUCCUCUUGGAACCUUUUCAAUAAUGCACAGCCAGACAUUGGAAUAAGCAGAGUAUAAUUAAAUUUCUAACUAUAUAAAUAAUACACAUACGAGUGAUAGUAUUUUAUUCUACAAUUUUGAUGUGUAACUAGCAAUUACUUAAAUACAGUAUGUAUAUAGAGUAAAAUAAAAAAUAAUAAUAUAACCAUUUGUUUUGAUUUUUUUGAAUUUAUCUGGUAUUACAGAGGGAGGUAUUAUUCACUCUGUGUGUAUUAAUUGAAGUAAAUAUACCCUGCUUAUUCCGAACUAUACUUCAUCGUUUUACUUCUUGGCUUCGUUACCAUGCUUAUUCCGGUCGAUACUUCUUCGUGUUCCUUCUAGGAUUUCGCCAGCAUCAAGUUUUUCGCUUACUAAUUUUAAGAGUGUGGGUGUACUAUGCGAGAGAGCACAAGCUUUCGUAUUAAAUUUUGAUGUUGCAGACUGUUGAGAGGAACAUUAUCAUACAACUUUUUUCCAAGUGAUGUUAGAUGUUAGACCAUUAUACUUAUCAUUCCCAUUGGUGCCAAUUGUUAAAAAUAAUCUCUAUAUAACCGUUAUGUUGUGCACAUUCGUGUGUUUAACAAAGGAAACUAUUAAUUUU